AUGCAAACCUGCUAUUGGAAGACCACCCAAAUGAUGGGUGGACGUGUUCGUGGUCAAAGUCAAGCAUCCAAACUCGUAGACGGCAACGACUUCAAGAUUAUGGAAACAGUCUCGCAGAUGUCACCAUUUUCGAAGCAGACCAUCGCUAUGGACGACGAUUGCGUGAGAGAAAAACGGAUGAAAAUUACGCUGGAGCCUCCAUAA